AUGUCUAAUACGGAACACGAAUUAACAUCAAAAUCUGUUGUCAAAAAGCACGGUAACAAACGAAAACCUUAUUGGUGCGCACCUAGGAGAGUAAAAAGUACAACUAUUGUAGCAAAUGCCGAUGAUUCGUUAGUACAGAACAAAAAAUCAAAGAAAAGCCAUCGUAAGAAGAAACGAAAAAAUAUAAAAAGUCUGAGACGCAUCGAUAUUUUAGCGCAACCUAAAUCUGUGAAAUAUAAAUUGGAACACAAUACUCACUCUUCUAAUGUAAACGAAUCUACUAAAAAGUACAGCACUGCGAAGAGAUCAAUUUCGACGAACCAAAAACCUACGAUUUGCCCACGUAAAAGUUUACAAAUAAAAAAAUUUAACAAAGCACAUGAAUUGCCAAAAAAUUUUAGAAUGAGUUCAACAUUGAAGGAUUAUUCGCCAAUCGUGCUGCCCAAGAAAAUAGGUGUCCGAUUGUUUUCUUUAGUAAAAAAAAAACUCAAAGAAUUAACGAAUUCAAAAGACAUGUAA